AUGGCAGACCGGAAGUGCUGAUGCAUGGAGUUCAGUCCCGUCUCUAUGCUUAGAGCGGCAACAAUUCUUCCUGUUUAUCGAUUGCGGUUAAGAGAUAUUCAGCCAAGGGAGUUGCGAAUGUUCUACACGAGAAUCAGCGGAAGGGAUUCCAGAAGGAACAAGUCAUUCUGGAAGCAGCCUGCAGAACACUCUAACUGGACUGAGGCAGAUGGAAGAGCUAAUAACUAACGGGAAUCAUUCAAGUAAAAAUAUGACCCUUGUUAAAAACUGGUGAUCAGUAUCUUAAAGUGGUUAAAAUAGUUUUACUGCAAUAGGAAGAGUGUUCUUCAGAUAUGGAGGAAGAUAUUAAACCUCUCCUGGUCCCUGUUGGAGGUGAUGAAGAUGAUGUUGGAGUCCUCAAUAUUCAAUUUAACCCAGAAGAUUUUAAGUAUAAAAGGCCAUUCCAUGUAGAACCCACAAAUAUUGUUAGCGUGAAUGACGACAUGCAGAGAGUUUCUGAUGAAGCUUCAGCAAUGAAUAAACGGAUUCACUACUAUAGCAGGCUCUCUUCACCUUCAGACAGAGCUCUGGUGGCUCCUGAUCAUGUAGUUCCUAAUCCUGAAGAAAUCUAUGUGUACAGUCCUUCAGGAACUGCUUGUAAAAUAGAUGGCUGUACUGACGGUUAUGGCAAAAACUCAAGCAUGGUAACCAUUUUCAUGAUCUGGAACACAAUGAUGGGUACAUCUAUACUAAGUAUUCCCUGGGGAAUAAAGCAGGCAGGAUUUACUACUGGGAUUGUUAUUAUUUUAUUGAUGGGGCUCUUGACCCUUUAUUGCUGCUACAGAGUUCUGAAAUCAAGGACAACGAUAUCUUCAGCAGAUACUUCAGCUUGGGAAUUCCCAGAUGUUUGCCAGUAUUAUUUUGGAUCUUUUGGUCAGUGGUCCAGUCUUUUAUUUUCAUUGGCGUCUCUUAUUGGAGCCAUGGUGGUGUACUGGGUGCUCAUGUCCAAUUUCCUCUUCAACACAGGAAAGUUUAUUUACAAUUAUGUCCAUCAUAUUAAUGUUACAGAUAUUGUUCCUAGUACAAAUGGAACUAAUAAAGUAAUUUGUCCAGGUGACUCUGGCCAUGAAGUACCAGGAAACAAAACAUUGAUGUUUCUUUCUACCAGUGAAUCAGGAUUUGAGGCAUUUGAAACCUGGUGGAGCAAGUCAAGAACUGUCCCGCUGUACUUGAUUGCUGUUCUUCUGCCUCUCUUGAAUUUUAAGUCUCCGUCUUUCUUUGCCAAGUUUAACAUCUUAGGUACAAUUUCAGUCGUCUAUCUCGUUUUCCUUGUUACUUUGAAAGCUGCACAUUUGGGAUUUCAUUUAGAAUUCCACUGGAUUGAAGAGAGCACAUAUUUUGUACCAGAAUUCAGGAUUCUAUUUCCUCAGCUUACAGGGGUGCUGACUCUGGCUUUCUUUAUUCAUAAUUGUGUCAUUACACUGCUUAAGAACAACAAGAAUCAGGAAAACAAUGUGAGAGAUCUUUCCAUCGCCUAUUUUCUGGUGGGUUUGACAUACCUCUAUGUUGGGGUGUUAAUUUUUGCUGCUUUUCCAUCUCCACCUUUGGCGAAAGAAUGCAUAGAACAGAAUUUUUUAGAUAAUUUCCCCAGUGAUGACGUCUUGUCAUUUCUUGGACGAAUAUUCCUGCUGUUUCAGAUGAUGACUGUGUACCCACUGCUUGGUUACUUGGCACGAGUUCAGCUUUUAGGACAUGUUUUUGGGAAUGUCUACCCAAGUAUUUUCCAUGUAUUGGUUUUGAACCUUGCAGUUGUUGGUGUUGGUGUUGCCAUGGCCAUAUUUUACCCUAACAUAGGUGGAAUCAUAAGGUAUUCUGGAGCAACAUGUGGCCUGGCUUUUGUAUUUGUUUAUCCAUCCCUUAUCUACAUUAUCUCUUUGCAUCAGGAAGGGAAACUGACAUGGUGGACUCUAGUUGCUCACGUCUUGAUCAUUCUCCUCGGAGUGGCUAACCUGAUUGCACAGUUUCUAAUGUGAAUGUGGAACGAAUUUUGGAGCAGUUUUUUCUUUCUUGGGUUGAUACUGGAAGGCAUAAAAAGUUACUUUGAGCAACAGGAUUGCAGAAGCUGAAGGGCUACGGCAAUGAACUUUUUUUUUACAAAGGAAAAUUGUGCUUUGAAAAAAAACCAUGCCUCUAGGAAAUGGACACUGUACUUAGGGAACUGUUUCACUGUGGCAAACUGAACCAGCCAAGUGAAUUUAUGAUACAGCUACAUUGAUACCCAGGAAAAGUUUGUUCCAGAGUAAUUCCAUUUAAAAUUCUUAUUUCGGUAAAUGCAUAUCUUUCCCCCACACAUAGAAAAAAAGUCAUCCAAGAACUUUUUUUAAUAAAACAUUUCCAGUCUUGUAGAUUACACUACUUCCUUGCAAGUUAGCAAAAUGAAUGGACUUGGCUGAUAUUAAAGUUCAGCGCUAUGGUGACAGAGAUAUGUAAUACUCAAAUAACCUAAAAUUGGUUGGGAUAUUUAUUGGUAAAAUGUAGCAUGGGUCAAAUGAUAAACCUCUUUUUUUUAAAGCCACUAUACUGUCCUAUAUCUGUUCUGUUGCCUUUUUAGAAGAUGUAAAAAGUACACCUUAUACUUGAAAAAGUAUUAUGCUAUUAUGUACCAGUAUCUGGGUUGUCUGGAAAUGGCUGAGUAAUUAAGGUACAAUGUACCAAUUCUUUCUGAAGUGAUGAUCUUAGCAACCCUUACAUGCUGCCUGUUAUUGAAAGGACUCUGCUGGCGGAGGCCUUGUUAGUUUGGACUGACCUUGGACAGACAACUAGUGUAGAGCUUUGAACAUGAAUAUGUCCAUCUUUUAAACUAAACAUGAUGGCCACAAGCACCUGGCUUUAAGUUGUGUGUGGUAUGUGUGCAUAUUGGUCGCUCGUUGCAACACAAUGACAAAAUCCUGCACAUCCCCUAUGUGUUCCUGUAGGACCUCAUUCUAGAAUCCCCCAAAAUUGGGAGACAGUACUUGUCACUGUUUAUCUACACACUGUUUAUAUCUAACUAGAAUUCAGGUAUACAUAGAUGAAUACGAGUGACAGUGCUGUGAAGAUUUUUGGUGGCCAGUCCUAAUUCACCCUCACUGCUGCAUUGCAUCCUUAAUCUCUUGUUCAAAUACCACAUUCUCUGCUGUUCUGUUUGCAAGAGUCAGUUGUCCCACCCUGGGAUUUUACCCUGUGGCUGCAUAAAUUAUUUUUCACUGUUUCUCCAGUUUCCAAACAGCCCUCAGAACUGGUGCUACAGGUAUUCUGAAAGGCACACAACAGAUGAGAGCACAGCCUUGUACUGAUUCAGAAUUGCUUUUCAGGACCAGCAAAUGGAAACACUGUCUAGUACUAUCAGCAUUUGCUUUUGGGAUCUCUCUUUGUAAAUGUCUCUCUUUGUAAAUGUCCUGAUGUGAAUCAGAAAUGCAGGAAGCUGAAAACAGGAGGAGAAAAUAAAUUGGUGCUACUUUAAACUUUUUAAAA